AAGCAGGAAGUGGAUCGACUGUUUUCAAUCCCAUCAUACAGUGCAAAGAGUUGGACAAAAAGCCGAAUACACACCAAGAGUACAAACUACCACAAGUCACAGUCAGGACAGGACUGAAGUGUCUCAACGAAGGGAUGGCUCCAAGGAUGGAUGAUGUCAUGCGUCUGUGCUGUGAAAUAUCAGCUCACGAUCAGAUCAAGGUAGCGGUGAAAAACUCCACCAAAGGAGCCAUGGUGGCAGGAGGAACGGCCUUUGUAGGCGGGCUGCUCGGUGGACCUCCAGGGAUCGCUGUUGGUGGAGCAGUAGGCGGUCUGCUGGGCAGCUGGCUGACCAGCGGUCAGUUCCGGCCUCUGCCUCAGAUCCUGAUGGAGUUGCCUCCUGCCCAGCGACAGAAGCUUUAUAACGACAUUGAGGCCGUAUUGAGCAACCUGGACUGGAUGGACGCCGCCCAGCUCAUUGCCCUGGUGAUGGGCAACGCCACGCUCCAGCAGCAGGUCACCGCUGCACUGAUGAACUACGUCACAAAGCAACUCCACGCAGAGGUGCGCUAUCAAGACUAAGUUGGUGCUACACAGACUUUUCAGGAUGGUCAGGCCUGCCAAGCACAAUCAGAGUCCUUUACUGCAUAGGUUCUGUACUCAAUUGGAAAAACUGUGAAUCAUGACGGUGCCAAAUGGAGCAGUUUUCCUUUCUUAUCUGUCUGCCUCAACUACAGAGGUGGAAUAGAUCUAAGUGCAUUUACUCCAGUAUACUUGUGAAAUACUAUUUUCAUUUAUGCCAAAAUUAUGAUUCAACUAAAUUACUGCAGUGUAUUUAUUGGGCAGAUUCAGAUUAUUAACCCAUUGAAGCCUGGAAAGCGUUUACGUCGUUUUGUAGUAUUUUGUAUAAGCUCUCAAAUACUUUUUGAAUUUCAUUUCUAUCUGCUACAGAGGCUGAAAAAUCUAUUAUUUAGUAGAAGAGUUCACACUUUUUUUUCCAGAUUUUUUCCAGAAUUUCCAGAAAAUUAGAGGCUUAUUUUAAAAUCGCCCAGCGGUUUUUCAGGCCUCAAUGGGUUAACACAUCAUUGAAAUCAACUAUAACAUAAACUAUGGUGUAUUAUUGUAGAAAUAGUUACCCAUCAGUAGAUAAUGUAAUAGAAACAAACUCCACCUUUACCAGCUGCAACACUAGUGAGGCCAGAGCUUUGAUAAACCAGUGAUGUGAUAUAUAUCAUUCUAAAAAAAGGCAAUUCUGCAUUAUGAGUACUGCCACUUUAGAAUAUAUUUCAAUGUAAUUUUUAAUGACUCAGAUAUUUUACUUAAAUCCUUCAUCCACCACUGCAACAAAGAAAUCACUCAUAUAAGUCACCAUAUAAGCUGUUCUGUGUUACUCAAUAAUGAAUGGAUACUGACAUUAGAACAAAACAUAUUUUGUACCUCAACUUUAACUUUCAGAUAUUGUGCCUGAAGACUUGUUUAUUCUGGAUUAACAUGUAAUCUCCUUUUUCUCACACUCUGUAUCAGGGUGUUUUAAUAUACCUCUGCUAAGGAGUUUCAAAUAAAAUACACAUUUGCAGUUA